AACUUUGGACUAUGGCUGGAGAGAGGUAAACAACAGGACUAUAAAUAUCAGGGCUUCUGGCUGUGACUUGAAGGAGCUGUAGAGCUGAGCAAAGAGAGAGGACGCAGGCUGCUCGCAGGCUGCUCGGAAGGGGUUGGGUUCCAGACAAGUAGUUGGCUGCCUGUUCAGGCAGAUCUCCACAGCAUGCUUCCUGAAGUUUCUUGCCAAGCCAGGACAAGCCCAGCAAUGUGGAGAAGCCUGGGGCUUGCCCUGGCUCUCUGUCUUCUCCCAUGGGGAGGAGCAGAGAGCCAGGAACAAAGCUCCUUCUGUAAGCAGCCUCCAGCCUGGAGCAUAGGAGAUCAAAAUCCAAUGCUGAACUCAAGUGGUUCGGUAACAGUGGUGUCCCUUCUUCAAGCCAGCUGAUACCUGUGCAUUCUGCAGGCAUCCAGAUUGGAAGACCUGCGAGUAAAACUGGAGAAAGAAGGAUAUUUGAACAUCUCUUAUGUUGUUGUUAAUCAUCAAGGACUUUCUUCUCAAUUAAAAUAUAUGCAUCUUAAAAAUAAGGUUUCAGAGUAUAUUCCUGUUUAUCAACAAGAAGAAAACCAAACAGAUGUCUGGAUGCUGUUAAAUGGGAAAAAGGAUGACUUCCUCAUAUAUGACAGAUGUGGCCGUCUUGUAUACCAUCUUGGUUUGCCUUACUCCUUUCUAACUUUCCCAUAUGUAGAAGAAGCCAUUAAAUUUACUUACUGUAAAGAGAAAUGUGGACACUGCUCUCUCAUGACCCUGGAAGCUGCAGACCACUGUAAAAUGGUAUCUUCGGCUACUGUGGGAAACACAACUGAGGCUCCCCAGCCACAUCACCACCACCACCACCAUGGUCAUCAUCUCAAGCAUGAGCAUCAGCAUCAUGGGAUUGAUGGGGUUUCAGAGAAUCAGCAACCAGAAGCCCCAGAUGCGGCUGAGCAUCCCACUCCUUGAGGCCUCCAUCACCACCAUAAGCACAAGAACCACCAAAGACAGGGCCACCCAGAGACCUGAGAUCUGCCAGCAGGAAGUGAAAGUUUACAACUUUCUGUUCCACAGAGGAGGCUCUGAUGAAAGGGAUGUAUAAAUCAAUUACUCUGCAAAUUGCCUAAAGAUUCAGGGUUGGCCCCUAACAGCUGUUGCUGACACUGACGACAUCUGAUAUUUGAAAAAACAGGGUCUGCAAUCACCUGACAAUGUAAAGAAACCCUCCCCUCUUUAUGCAGCUGACAGGGACUUUGGGCAGAGGAGAACGUCAUUGAAUCUUGACAGUGACGUUUGCCUCCGGCUGCCUGACAAGCAAGUCAGCAGCUUCAGCCCACAGAAGCCAGCGCCAGUUGAAGCUGAAAACAUAAGGCCAAAAUGUGAAAAUGACCUCCAUACUAAAUACUUAAAUAAGACACACUCCCCAAGUCAGUCUAGACAAUUUCAUUUCCAGCAUUUUAUAAGCCACCUGAUUAAUAAUGACCCAAAAAUAAGAAUUGGAUUUGUACAAACAUGGAGAAAUCUAUCAUACUGGCUUCCAAGUUUUAAAAUUUAAGGCCAAGAAAUUUUGACCCAAACCAGAUUUUCAUUAUUUUAUUACAAAGGUGAUUGCAGAAUUUGGUUAUGUUUUUCUUUUUCUUUUUCCAGCAUUCUGCUUGCUUUAAUGAGAACAGAGACGUAAACUAUGACCUAGGGGUUUCUGUUGGAUAGUUAGCAAUUUAGAAUGGAGAAAGAACAACAAAGACAUGUUUUCCAUUUUUUUCUUUACUUAUUUCUCAAAAAAAUAUUAUCUUUGUUUUUUUAAUCUUAUGUUUUUAACUGACUAAACCUUUAAAGAACUCAGUGAAUUCUGUCUUUAAAGUUCCAGAAAUACUGACACAUGAAUAUUUUGCUAGGACUACCUUUUAAAUAUCCAUUUAUGCUUUGUAUAUCUAAGAGUCAUAUCUUGAUUUUUACUAUCACAUAUGAAUGAAGCCCUUAUAUCUUAUUUUCUUUAUCUAGCAUUGUAUCACACUCUUAAAUUUGAGAUAAUCUGUCUGGAAAGUCGUAACGGAAAAGAUAAAAGAAUGUUGUCUAUCUCUUGAUUGCUUAGAAAGUAUUUCCAUAGUCAAUGAUGGUUCAGUAGGUAAACUAAGUCCUAUAAGCCUGAACUCCUUUAUGGUUAAUACUAUUAAGCAAGAAUGUAGUACACGAUUGGACAAAUGUGGAUUUGUUUAAAUAAACUCAAUUUAAAAAGUUUAAA